AUGAAGAAAUUGAAGUUGAGACCGAAGAUUGAGCUAUUCCGGUGGAGUCUGUACAAUGACGGCUUACCUUCUAAUGAUUUUCUAGUUAGAAGGAAAUUGAGCAAUCUCUCAGGCUGCCCGAGGGGAUGUAUGGAAGAUGAGAAUGAAUGGCAUAUAGCAGGUAAUUGUUCAAAGCUUCAUGAAGUAAUCUUUUUGCUCAAUAAAUGGGGAUUCCAAAAUCCAAUCUUCAACAAUUUGCAAGAUUGUUUUGAAGGUUUAAAGAAGCUUGUGGGGAAAAAUUCUAUCAUUGCCAAAAUGUAUUGUACGUCUACUUGGCUAGUGUGGAAAAGUAGAUGUAAAUUGAUUCAUGAUGGCAUAGAAGACUCCAAUAAUUUCUUUGCAUCCUAUGUGGUUUCUACAUCUACAUUCAGUAAUUUUUUUAAUCAAGGUCCGGAAAACUGGGAUACUAACCAGCGUGAGCUGUUUUGCUCUUGGUAUCCUCCUCCAACCGGUUGGAUUAAAUUAAAUGUAGAUGCUUCUAUCUUAUCAAACAAUGUGGCUGGAUUUGGAGGUGUAAUAAGAGAUGAGAAAGGUAUAUUCCUUCUAGCUUUUGGAAUAAAUAUUAUGCAUUGGGAUAUUGCUCAAAUUGAAUUGAUGGCAAUUCUUCACUUGAAGUAUAUAUUUCAUGAUUGGAUGUUUGAAGCUCAAGGAAUCAUUAUUGAAGGAGAUAAUUUCAACAUUAUCAAUAUUCUUCAAUCGGCUAUGAAGAAUUGGAAGGUUAGUAAACGCAUUGAAGAGAAAUUCUCAUUCCUUCUUGAUUUCAAUCAGGUUAUGUUUUCUUUUAGUAAAAUAUGUUGUAACAAAUUAGCGGAUAUAUGUGCUAAUUUGGCUUUAAAGAGUUUGUUCACUUGGGAGAACAUUGGUAGUCAAGAUAUUCCUCCUCCAUUCCUGUUUUGCUUGAAGGAGGAAUGUGACUCUUUAGGUUUGCUUUAG